AUGAUAAAAGAUAUUCGAAAAUGCUUUUUAAAUCUUUAUAUAAAAGAAAUAAAGAAAGAGUAUUACCAAAAUAAUGUAAAUUUCUUAAUUUUACAACAAUGCCAAAGAAAUAUAAGUAAUAGUAGUAUAUAUUUUGAAAAAAUAAAUGAAGAAUAUAGAAAAGCGCAACAUUAUGUAAUGCUAAAUGAACACGAAAUAUUAAAAAUAAGAAAUAUUUUGAUUAAAAUUAUAAAUGAAAAGGAAUUAGUUCGAAAUGUUAUUCAUCGUUAUAAUAUUCCCAUAUUCUUUCUACAAGAUAAGGAUGUGAAAAACCAUUUUUUGGAUACAAUUAAAAAUGAUAAAAAUAAUUUAACGAAAUUAAGAGAGUUAAUUACAAAAGAGAUAGAUACAAAUUGUUGUAGUAAUGGCUGUAUUGGUGAUACUGGUAAUGUAAAAGUGAAUGAAGAAAAUGGACAACUGGUUAGUAACAAUGCUCAUGUUAAUCUUUCUUUAAAUCAGAAAAUAGAAGAACAACAAAUUAGUGGAUUUGCACAAAUAAACGAUAAAUGUUAUUUAAAUUCAUAUGAAACACUUUUAAACAUUUUUCAAAACUUUAUAAAAAGAAAUUACCACAAACAAUGGAUAUUUUAUGAGCAUAUUAAAAAAUUAUGCGAUUUUACCGAAAUAAAUGAAAUUAGAAAAAAGAAAAAUAACUUGAAUAGAAAAUUAUAUCUUUAUGUUGGUCCAACAAAUAGUGGAAAAACGCAUGAAGCUUUCAACAAAUUUAUUGAUUCAAAAAACGGGUUAUACUGUUCCCCUUUAAGAUUAUUAACAUGGGAAAUACAUAAAAAAUUAUUAAAUUUAAAAAAAAAUACAAAUUUAUUAACAGGUCAGGAAAUAAUUAAAAAAGCGAACAACACACACACUGUGUGCACAAUUGAAAUGACACCAUUAAAUGAAAAAUAUGAUUGUGCAAUAAUUGACGAAAUACAAAUGAUUAAUAAUAGUAUACGUGGUUAUGCAUGGACAAAUGUAUUAAUGAAUUUAAAAUGUGAAGAAAUAUAUCUUUGUGGUAGUGAGCAUAUUGUUAAUUUAAUCAAAGAAUUAUCAGACAUUUUACAUGACCAAGUCAUAAUAAAACGAUUUAAACGACUGAACAAAUUAAAAUUAGAAGAAAAUGUACAACCAUUAGGCGAUGUUAAAACAGGUGAUUGUAUAAUAAGUUUUUCACGAAAUAACAUAAUGCUACUGAAAAAAAAACUUGAAAAACUUAACAAACGUGUUUUUGUAAUUUAUGGAACUUUACCCCCUGAAUCGAAAAAAAAACAAAUAGAAUUAUUUAAUUAUUAUUGCAAACAAAUAAAAAACGAUUGUGAUAAUAUAAAAUUGGAAAGAAAUAAUGAUGAGCAAAAUAUAAAAAAUGAAAUCCAUCGUGCAGAAAAUUCCAAUCAUGAAAAUCACAAAAAAGAAACAGUUUUAGUAGCAACUGAUGUUAUUGGAAUGGGACUAAAUAUUAAAAUAAGAAGAAUUAUAUUUUAUUCAUUAAAAAAAUAUGAUGGUGAUAUUAUUCGAUAUUUAAAUGUAUCCGAAAUAUUACAAAUAGCAGGAAGAGCUGGAAGGUUUGAUGAAAAUGAUUCAGGAAAUUCGAGUGAUGGUUUUGUUACAUGUGUAAAUUUUGAAGAUAUUAAAAUUUUAAAAAAUAUUUUUGAAAAUAAAAAUGUCAAAAAAUUAAUUGGGAAUAAUGAUGAAAAUUAUUAUGAAUUGCACAACACGAAUGAAGAUAGUGAUUCAAAUAAUUUAAUUGAUCAACACCUUGGUAAUAUACCAUGUGAUCAGUUAUUGGGUAAUAUAAAUUCUAACACAAUAAAUGAAAAUAUCGAAAAUAAUGUAUUAAACAAUAUGGAUAAAUAUGGUGAUGAUAUAAACAAUAGAGAAAAUUCAGAUAGCCAAAAUAAUAUUGAUAAUAAAAAAAAAAAUAUUAGUACUACUUUACGGGCAGGAUAUUUUCCAAACUUUGACACUAUUGAAAACCUGAGCAAAAUAUUAGAAUUUGAAUAUAAAGCUAAAAUUGAACUAUACGAAAUAUUGCAAAUAUUGAUUGAUUAUUUAAAAUUAAAUGAUUCCUAUUUUUUUUUAACAAAGAAUUAUAAUCAAAUUAUAUUUAUUGCCAAAUUUUUAAAAAAUAUUAAUAUCGAUAAAAAUAUACUGUUUAUAUAUGCAAUAUCUCCUGUCAAUAUAAAUAAUGUAAUUAUGAUAAAUAUUUUAAGAACAUUUAUUAUGUCACAUAGUAUAUUGGGAUAUGUUGAUUUUUUUGAAUGUAUAAAUAAUGAUAUGUUUUUGAUGCUGAAAUAUAUGGAUAGUAAUCAGAAUAAUAAAAAUUGUAAUUUACCAAAUUAUGUUAAAACUGAUUAUAAAAACAAUUACUACUUCAAUAAAGAUGAUAAACAUUCUUGUGGGAAAGAAAAAAUAAAUUGUAAUAAUAAUUUUAUUUAUUCAGCUUCAUAUAAUAGCCCAAAUAUUAUGAGUCCCGAUUUGAAGGAUGCACAAAAUGAUAAUUUUCAAAUAAAUAAUAAUUUAUUUCCUUUUUUUUCAAAAUUAACUAAUCCAAUGUUUAUGGAUUUACAUAAUAACGCACACGCUGAACUAAAACAUCAAGCGUGCGAAAAAAAUGAUACUCAAAAUAAUGUCGGUUUUGACGAAUAUAUUAAAAUACUAGAAUUUUAUUAUGAAAUAAUUGAUUUGUAUUGCUGGUUAUAUACAAAAUUUCCUAGUAUAUAUAAAAACAUAAAAAUGGUAAAUGACAUAAAAAAAAAGUUUUCCAAUCAAAUUGUCAAUUUGUUAGCAAAACCAUUAAAUAAGGAAGAAGGAUGUUAA